AUGAUUUUAAACGAAGAAAGAGUAAAAUUGAAUAUAAGUGGGAAAAUAUUUGAAACUUAUAAAGACACGCUAGAAAGAUAUCCAAAGACAUUACUGGGUGAUCCAGUGAGUCGAAAAGUAUUCUAUUGCAAGAGAAAGAAUGAGUACUUUCUUGCGUGCAAGAGAAGUUGCUUCGACGCCAUCUUGUUUUUUUACCAGUCUUAUGGAAGGUUGUCAUGCCCAUCAGGGACAAGGAUAGAUGACUUUAUAAACGAAUGUCAUUAUUUCAAACUACCUAUUGAAUAUAUCAACAAAAUGGCAGAAGUAGAAGGAUGGCUGUAUACGAAUGAAACACAGGAUGUUAAUCUUGAUGAAAGACUACCGAACAAAAUCUGGAUCAUAUUUGAAUAUCUCGAAUCAUCCCGACUUUCGCAUGCCUACGCCUUUUUCUCCUUCUUUUUCAUUUUUAUUUCUAUCGUAGCUGCAUGCUUAGAAACAGUACCGUCAUUAGCAUCAAGCUCUGUUCAUUCGACUAAAAAUCCCUGGCAUGCUCUGGAACUAUGUUUAAACACACUUUUUCUUAUUGAGUUAACCGCUCGAUACAUUGUUGCACCUAAUAAGAAGACUUUUGUAAUGGAUUAUCUAAACCUGGUGGACUGUCUGGCUAUUUUUCCAUAUUUUGUCAUGAUUGCCUUCAUAGGACAUAGCAAGAUGAAGUUAAAUUUUCUGAGAAUUUUACGUGUUAUUCGCGUAGUUCGUUUAUUGCGCAUUUCAAGACAUUCAAGAAACCUGCAUGUAGCUUGCGCAAUAAUCAAGUCAUGUUUUAAUGAUCUACAGCUAUUCGCAGUGUUCUUCCUCAUCACCAUGACAUUAGGUGGUAGUUUAAUGUAUUUCAUUGAAAAAGAAGUGUCCGGUACUAUGUACACAAGCAUUCCAGCGUCGUUUUGGUGGGGAGUACAGACGAUAAGUACAGUCGGGUAUGGUGACAUACACCCGCAAACUACUGUGGGUAAGAUUAUCUGCGGGUGUUUUAUGACAACGACGAUAAUUCUCACUGCCAUCCCCGUGUUAUCCAUCGUCAACAAAUUUGAAAUGAUGUAUGAGAAGAACAUAUACUCAUCUCGAUUAACAGAAUAAAGAUUGUGUUUUCCAAAAGACUAAUAGGGAUGGAAACUAAUGUGAAUACCGAACAAGGAUAUAAUCUUUUCAUACAUUUCCACGACAGACUUUAAUGUUAUUUGUAAAAGUUAGAAGUGAAACUCGAAUAGGUAAACAUCUUUUAAAAACUUUUGCCUGGUAAAGAUGAAUAUGGAUGAUGCACACACACAAUAUAUACUAGUUCUGGUAAAAUAUUAACUCUCCUCCAUAAUGGUGGUUAUGGUA